AUGUCCGAGACAGAUGACGAGUCUCAUCAACCCCUCCCACUCGCCGACGAGUGGACGGAUCCCGAUGCCUACGUCGAGGCCUUGAUUUCCUUCGCUACCGAAUCGGACAUCUUUAGGCACCUCUGCGGCGGAGUGCAUAUCCUCGACUUCCUAACACGAGACCCGGAUCUUUAUACCUCCCUGCUACCGGAACACUGGCGCUCCUUUUUCGAUCAGCAUGAUGUCCAGGACAUUCUAGACCUGCUCCUCCGCGAUGACCUACAGCCCCUCUUCGAACAACAUCGGCGGCCGGCCGGAACGAGCAGCGAACAGGAUACGGACGCAACAGGAUGGCGGGGCGGUUCUCUGCCCCCGCUGGAUUUUCUGGAAUACAUCCACCAGAUCCGGCGCCUGAGCCUGGGACGAGACUUUACCCCGUCCCAGCCCGGGAAUCCUGUGAUCCCAAGGCAUAUUGCCGUCGGGAUGAAUGUGAAGAAGUACCAUGAGGUGGCGCACUUCUCCAAGUACGUGGAUAAGCUGUGCACUACGGUGGACCAACAACGGGGCGAUGCGAUCACGCACAUUGUGGACUUUGGGUCUGGUCAGAGCUACCUCGGUCGGACGUUGGCCUCUGCGCCCUACCACCGACAUAUCGUGGCCAUUGAGCGCAAGCAUCAAUUCAUCAGUGGUGCGAAGGGCAUGGACGUGCACGCCCGUCUGAAGGAAAAGAAAAAGGUCAACAUGUACAACAAGAAAGCUGCCAAAUGCAAGGUGUGCGACGAACCCGAGUCGCCUGCAGCGGUGGAGCCGCGCCCCAAUGCAGGGGAGUCCAACAGUGCAGAACAGAUGUCCUCGGAGGACGACCCGACCACCGCUACCGCCAACGAGGACGAGGAGGAGCUGGCCAUGAUCAAUGUCUUCCGUGACGUCAGUCUUGCGCCCGGUGAGAUCGGCUUCAAGCCUCAUCGGAACGCGCCCAAGGCGGCUGUCGAGGAGGAUGACCCAAACAAGCCGAGAGGCACGAUGGACUAUAUCGAGCAUGAGAUCAAGGACGGCUAUCUGGAGCCGAUCAUCAAAGAUGUGAUCGAGGCUCCCCUGCCUGUUGUCGAAACCGACGGCAAAAUCGCAGAGGACAACUCGGUUGCGACCAGUGGCAUCAAGGCGGACCAGAAGCCGGGGGACGCCAAGGUCAUGGUUAUCUCCCUGCACUCGUGCGGCAAUCUCCUGCACCACGGUGUACGCUCCCUGACCCUGAACCCGUCGGUCAAGGCCAUUGCUAUGAUCGGUUGCUGCUACAAUCUCGUUACGGAACGCCUGGGCCCCGCGACCUACAAGCUCCCUAUUCUCCGGUCUAUGCAUCCCCGCCUAACGCAGGAUGCGGUCGCGUACGACCCCCAUGGGUUCCCCAUGUCCAAGCGCUUCGAGGACUACGAGCAUGAGAGCGGAACCGGGGUGAAGCUGAACAUCACAGCACGAUCCAUGUCCCUGCAGGCUCCUUACAAUUGGGGCAGGAAAGACAGCGAGGACUUUUUCACUCGACACUUCUACCGCAGUCUGCUCCAGCGUAUCCUUGUGGAUCGCGGAGUCGUCUCCAAACCUAAGAUCCCUGACAACCUCUACGGCGAAUCCGAUACACCCGAGGAUGCAGGGAACCCCUUGAUCGUGGGAUCGCUGCGCAAGUCCGCCUUCGUCUCCUUUUCCGCCUACGCCACCGCUGCGGUAGCCAAACUGUCCCGUGAUGCGCACUUUGGCGAGAAGGUGAAAGCCGGCAUGGGCGAUCUCACGGAAGAGGACCUGAACCGCUAUGUGGAAAAAUACUGGUACGCAAAGAAGAAUCUCAGCGUGGUAUGGAGCUUGAUGGCGUUCAGUGCCGCGUUGGUUGAGGCCAUCAUCGUGGUGGACCGGUGGCAGUUCCUGCGCGAGCACGAAUCCGUCCAGGAUUGCUGGGUUGAACCUGUGUUUGACUACAAGGAGAGUCCUCGCAACCUGGCCGUCAUUGGAAUCAAGAAGUGACGAGCAGUCGGACUCCCCACAUGUGAUAGGUCUUCUCCAAAAGCCUGAGGCAUCCUCUGGGGCGGGCUGCCGCUGUCAGAAAGCAAGGAAUUGGGCAGCAGCAGCAGCAGUCUUCUUCCUGGCUCCGAGACAAUUUGCCAGCCGGCAAGUCGGGCGCUUCAUUUCCCGCCUGAAUCAGUAUCCUGGCAGCCUUCAACUGGUCUGAUUGAAGCCGCGAUGUGCACGCGAGCCUCGCAACAAGAGAAACCAAGCUUGGGCUUUCUCCACGUAGACAUGAUGUGACCACGACCAAUAGACGAUAGACGAGAGACGGAUGGGAAAAGUCUAGCAUAGCAGAAUAUGAUUAGAUCGUGCCGGAAUCACACCGACAGCUAGAAAAGCGCUGCUGCUCGGUCUAGAAGCUGGC